UUAGUCUCCAUCCGUUCUCCUUGGCGGCGGCGGCGGCGGCGGCGGCGAAGAGGGAGUGAAGCAUGAACCACAAGAGCAAGAAGCGGAUCCGCGAGGCCAAGCGCAGCGCCCGCCCGGAGCUCAAGGACUCCCUCGACUGGACCCGGCACAACUACUGCGAGAGCUUCCCGCUCAGCCCGGCCGCCUGCAAGGACAAUGUAGAAAGAGCAGAUGCACUCCAUUUGUCAGUGGAAGAGUUCAUUGAACGUUAUGAGAAGCCCUACAAGCCGGUUGUGCUGCUAAAUGCUGAGGUUGGGUGGCCAGCCCAAGAGAAAUGGACUCUGGAACGCCUGAAGCGCAAGUAUCGGAACCAGAAGUUCAAGUGUGGGGAGGACAAUGAUGGUUAUUCUGUGAAGAUGAAGAUGAAGUAUUACAUUGAGUAUAUGGAGACCACACGGGAUGACAGCCCACUUUAUAUAUUUGACAGCAGUUAUGGGGAGCAUCCUAAGCGCAGGAAACUUCUCGAGGACUAUAGAGUGCCCAAGUUCUUCACAGAUGACCUUUUCCAGUAUGCAGGAGAGAAGAGGAGACCACCUUACAGGUGGUUUGUGAUGGGUCCACCUCGAUCAGGAACUGGCAUUCACAUUGACCCGCUAGGAACCAGUGCUUGGAAUUCCUUAGUCCAGGGACACAAGCGCUGGUGCCUGUUCCCAACCAGCACUCCCAGAGAAUUGAUUAAAGUGACCCGUGAAGAGGGAGGGAAUCAGCAGGAUGAAGCCAUCACGUGGUUCAGAGUAAUAUAUCCAAGAACUCAGCUUACCACUUGGCCGUCUGAGUUCAAACCCUUGGAAAUUGUGCAAAAACCAGGAGAGACUGUUUUUGUGCCAGGUGGCUGGUGGCAUGUUGUUCUUAAUCUUGACACAACCAUUGCAGUUACUCAGAACUUUGCCAGUUGUACAAACUUCCCUGUGGUGUGGCACAAGACCGUAAGGGGAAGACCAAAAUUAUCAAGAAAAUGGUACAGAGUUCUGAAGCAGGAACAUCCUGAACUGGCUGCACUAGCAGAUUCUGUUGACUUACAAGAAUCGACAGGCAUUGCUUCCGAUAGUUCCAGUGAUUCAUCUAGUUCUUCCAGCUCCAGUUCUUCAGAUUCAGAUUCAGAGUGUGAUUCCAACUCAGAAACAGAAGGAAUGAUGCAUCGAAGGAAAAAGCGAAGGAUGUGCAGCAUGAUGGGAAAUGGUGAUACAACUUCCCACGAUGACUGUGUGAGCAAAGAACGCAGCUCCUCCAGGAUUAGGGAAUCUUGUGGAAGUCGUGCUCAUCCCUGAAAGAUAACAAGACCCAUCUAAAGGCAGUCGCAGCCAGCCAGCUGUCUUCUAUCCCUCCCAUCAGCUGUCUGCUUGGAUCUUUUUCAAGUCUUCACUACUUCUCUAAUUUGUUUUAAAUCCAAUCUUUGCCUAACACUACCUGCUGUCUAAAUCUGAUUCCUUGCUAACAAAACGGGGGGGGGGGGGGAGGUCUAUACAUUUCUGUGUCCUCAUGCUCAACCCUCUUCUUCUGCACUCCAUCAAACAGUUAUGCUAAACACUGGUAGACAAGACUCUGCUGUGGCUCACAACUGUCUGCAGUCAGUAAAGGGAACAGGGACUUUGCACUAACAAAACUGUCUUAAAAAUUAAGCAGGUAGAUCUUGAAAGCCUCUUUCCUGCUCCAAUGUUGUCAUAAGUUUACAGGUUGCGUUCUCAUGCACUGCUACUGGAGGGCAGAACUAUGAACUCUGUUAUGUGUAAUUGGCCAGCAGAUCCUUGGCUAGAGCACAAGUGGGAAAGUCUGGUUAUGUUUGCUGAAGGUGACUCGUCUACUUCAUAAAGGAUCAGCUGUAAGAAGCAUUUUUGUAGUUUUUGAUUUGUAACAUCAAAUCAACCAUGGGCUAAUGAGACCUUUGUAGAGAGCAGCAGCUCAUCACCCUGAUUACAUAUAUUUUCUGUUUGAACAAAAGCAGCAAAACUGCUGGAAUUUUGCAAUCAGUUUGGAAGCUUGAACCAGAAAAAAAAUGGGUAGGGAGAAGCUGUAGCUGCCUAAUUUAUCUCUCCCUGUGGGAGUUUCAGGAAACAUGUGAAAUGAGAAAGCUUUUUAAAAUAGGGAGUGGAUGAAGUCUGAAUAAACACAAUAAACAUUUUGUUUUAUGAAGAACUGCUUCUUUGGAGUCUAGAAAUUUCCUACUCUUAUCUGCAGUUGUAGUUUGACAGAUAAUUGGGUUGUAUGGUAUUUUGUCUUGAAAUAAGAUGUGACUGUGUAUCCCAAAGCAGCAAAACUGUUUUAGGAUAUGCUGUAGUUUCAAGAGUGUUUUGUUAAUGUAAAAGCGUAUUAUGUUCUAAGAUGGGGCUUGUAUUUCCAUUCACAGCUGUGAUUCUGUCCCAAUCCUGAAAGUCAGCAUAAGAAAAGAUCUGAUGCCCCUAUAAUACUUGAGAAUGACUUGAGUGAUUAGCUGGGCCUGAUUGCAUUUUAAGAUAGACAUAGAAAGGUAUACGUUUGUGGAGAUUAGGCUUUUUAGGAUUUUUCCCACUUUGCUUUGGGUAAUAUGAAAUCAGCCAAUUUGUGACCAGUUAUCAGAAAGACCUCUGGCCCCACAAGAAACAUAUGUGGUAAAUAGGUAAUGACACAUGAUUUUCUCCCAUGGUUUCAGUGCCAAAAAAAUCCCCAAACAACCCUAUCAUGUAUCAGUAGAGCAAGGAUCAAUGUAUCACUUACUAGCCUUAACUAGCAUGCAAAAAACCACAUUUUUGGAGAAUUCUGAUUGUGUUGAAAUGGUAGAUUCUUCUGUAUCUUUUUUCAUUUUCAUAUUCCUAAGCAGUUAUUUUAAUUUAUUCUUGCAUAAUUUUUCUUUAGAUACCUGUAGGAUUGCACUUUUAAAUGAGAGACAGAGAGAGAGAGAGAACAAGAACUGAUUCUGUAGAACUUGAGAUCUUUCAGUUUAGUAAUAAGAACUCAACAACCAUGAAAGCAGAUGAACAGCAAUGGGAUGGGAGUGGGCAAAAAAAGUAAUACUGAUGCAAGUUCCACUACUCCCUGAUCUAAAACAUAUGAAGUUGUUGUGAGCCUGUUAUCUAGCCCACUGGCUAUUUUUGACUGGCACCAACAUUUGUGAGACCUUAACCUGAGGGCUUUUUCAGCCCUGCCUUGGAUCAAGAAUCCCUGUGAACACAGUCCUGAUUAUGGGAUGCUUCCAGUGGAAGAACCUGGGAGAGAGACUAUUUUAACCAACCCUUCAUCUGAAAAACUUCUCCUUGGGCUUGCAAGGGUGGAACAGCAUGAGAAGUGGCAUAAGGUGCUGCAGGAGGAAGGGAGAAUUGUUCAAAAAAUCAUUUCACCCUCCCUCACUUCCUCCUGCAGGGGCUUUUGCUGGAUCCCUGCCCUUCCUGUUAAUGAAAGGAGUUCUUACAUUUGCAUUAGGGAUCCAGCCUCUCAUACUAGUUGAUAGGAAUGAACCUGGAACCUUCUACAUGCAAGAUAUUUGCUCCACCUCUGAGCUGUGGCCCCUCCCUAACUUUUGGAAGUUCUGUCUGUAUGGCCUAGCAGCUCCUAAACCUUGAGGGGGGAAAUCCUACAUGUUAUCAGAAUGCGAUUUAGAAAACAUGGAUAUGAUGACAUUUGUUGUUGUUAUUUUUUUUUUGUUCAAGCAAAGGCUUGGGUUUCAAGAUUUAUGUACUAAAUGCCACUUUAUAUGUUCUGUGGGUUUUUAUGUACUAGAUAUGCAGGAAACACCAUCUUUACCUGAAAUGUCUAUUGCAUAUAUUUAUGAUCAUUGGUUUCUGGUGAAACAGUUCAGUCCCAUGCAGUAAUUUAAAUUAGGAUCUCCAAUUUAUAUUAGUUUAAUAAAUUAAUCAGGAAGAGAUACAUGCUAAGUUUCUUGAGUUAGACUGCAUUUGAAAGAUCUACCACUAAAUAAGAUGUACCAGUUGUUGUACCAGUUGUUGUAUCAAAUCAGAUUUUAUUUUUUUUAAUAAAAAAGUUGUUCUCAUUUUUUAUAGAAAAGGUUAUUUUAUUUCCUGUUUGUAUUAAAAACAACGAACUGUGGCAUUUUAGGUUCAAACUGGUUAUGGCUUUCUUUUUUAUCAGUAAUAACCACGGGCAACUGAAACCCAACUCUCAGUUGCAGUCAGUGUUGUCAUGUCUUUUUAAAUGUAUAUCUUUUACAAUAUUGAUGAGAUUGAUUCAUUUAUAAAAGCUGUUUGCCUCUGAUGUUAAUUGUAGUAGGGAAUACCUUAUAUUAGAGAAUCCAGAAUCUGUGAGUAAAACAACAAACAUUAAACUUGGACUUUUAUUUUACAAAGUUGCAGAUUUUGUUCAUGAAAUUGUACAUUCCCAUACUUAAAGAGAAGUUGUGUCCUAACUCCACUGUUGUCAAAAAAGACAGGCCUGGAAUUGGACAGCCUAUUGUAAUGCCUUGAUUAGAUGCCAAAUAUAUUCCUAUCCUGUUGAACUGAAGUGACACAGCUGUCAUAUUGGAGGAGAUGGCUUUGUUUCUUCUUAGUACAAAACCUUCUCUGUCUACUGCUGCCUGAAAAGAAGUGCAGUCAAGUAGAGGAUUGCUUGUACAAAAUGGCUUUGAAUAUCAAAGCAGGUUCAUUAGGGAGCUUCAGGCUUAGAGUCGGAAUCCUGUUUUCUCUGCUUGCCCAGUAUCACAAACAAAUGUAACUAACUGGAUGCCUAUAGCCAGAAUCCAAUGUAUUUUUACUGGGUUUCACAGGUUCUGUAACAGAUCCCAUCCACUCUAAGAGGGCUAAGAAGCCUCCCAUAACAGGUUUUCUGCACCUAAGAGGGGACAGGGAAGUAAUUCUUGAUUCUGCUGAAGAAAGCAAUAGAAUCUGACAGACAUACACCAUUAGAUCUUCACCUAUAAGCUUAGUACUUUGUUUGUGGGGGAGACAAUAAGAUUAGUCAUGCUUUCAAAAUAGGGUUAAAUUGCAUGUUCAAGAGGCAUGCAGUAGUUCUCUCAUUUAGAGAAUGACAUUGAGAGGGAGAGCCUUUGCUAUGCAAGGAGAUUCACCAUAUGAUGGGGAACCCUGAAACAUUAGUGGGGACUCUCCUUCUCAGACUCCUACAUUGUACAUAAGGUGACUGGUGACGGUGGAUAGGACUAUAAUGCCCCCCCCAUGUGCAGUUCUAACAUUUCUGAACACCUGACCAUUUUUAAACAGAACUUCAGACCAUGUUUAACAUAGUGUCUAUCUAUGUCCCAUAGAACUGAUUUUAUGCUUAAUGUGCCUCUUUCAUCUAGAUUUUGAAAGAUUCACAUAUUUCACAUUGUGUUUGUGUCUGUACUAUGCCAGCUGUUGGUAUAAAGCUCAACUCUUAUCAAGGUAGCUGUUUAUUGGCUUUUCUAUAACCAUGGCAGCUAAAAAUAGGCAUUUUGACCUAAAGGCUAGGUUAAGACAUAAUAGAAUCUUCCGUUUAUGAAGUAUGUGGUACAACAUGGGCUGUCCAGACUGAGAUGCUCCUGUCUAAACUGGAUGUGUUCAGGUUAAAGGCUAAGGAAUGGACUUCUGUAUCAUUUUUCUGAACAUUAACUUUUGUUAACAGUUCCGCUUUCUUCAUGAAUUUUAAGAGCAUGCAUAUUUUGCAGGUACCCUCCUUAUGAAAAAUCUCACUGAGAGCUUGAGAUUACAUCAGAGAAAAUACUGGUUUUCUUAAUUCUCCUUGCAGACUUCAGUCAAACUUGGUCCACCUUGUUUUAUGAUCAUCUUUUACCAACGGCCACCAUUAAAUUGGAGAAAUGUGCUAACAC